UAUUCCUCUCUCUCUCCAAUUCCGAUCUCAGGUGCUUAGAUACAGCUCGUUUUGCUGCUCUAUCAUCGGUGAACGCCCACCCCAAUCCAAUUGGUUUAAAAUGGUUGUCCUUGCGGCUUCUAUUAUAAGUAAAUCUGGAAAAGCUCUUGUCUCGAGACAGUUUGUGGACAUGUCUCGAAUAAGGAUUGAGGGGCUUCUUGCAGCUUUCCCCAAGUUGGUUGGAACAGGAAAACAACAUACAUAUGUCGAGACUGAAAACGUGCGCUAUGUUUAUCAGCCAAUAGAUGCUUUAUAUUUACUUCUUGUAACGAACAAACAAAGCAAUAUUCUUGAAGACUUGGAGACACUGAGGCUUCUUUCGAAACUGGUCCCUGAAUAUUCUGGCUCUCUGGAUGAAGAGGGCAUUUGCAAGACAGCAUUUGAGCUGAUUUUUGCAUUUGAUGAAGUCAUCUCCCUAGGGCACAAGGACAAUGUCACUGUUGCACAGGUUAAACAGUACUGCGAGAUGGAGAGUCACGAGGAGAGAUUGCAUAAGUUGGUCAUGCAGAGCAAAAUCAACGAGACCAAGGAUGUCAUGAAGCGCAAAGCUAGUGAGAUUGACAAAAGCAAGAUCGAAAAGAAUAGAGGUGAGAAAGGAGGGUUCAUGUCUAUACAGUCCAUGGGUUCUGGUAGAAUUGACAGUGGUUUCGGUAGUGAAAUGAGCAUAUCUAGCAGUGGAACUGGUUUUGGAAGUGGUUCUGGCUUUGGAUUAAGCACUGACGUGGAAUCCUCUUUUAGCAAGUCUAAAGGUCGUGCACCUUCAUCUGCUACUGCCCCUGCAAAAGGUCUUGGUAUGCAGCUUGGUAAAACACAAAGGGCAAACCAGUUUUUGGAAUCUUUGAAAGCUGAAGGUGAAGUUAUUCUUGAGGAUGUGCGCCCAAGUUCUGGUCCAUCCAGAUCAGCUGCUCCACCACCCACUGAUCCCAUCACAUUGUCUGUUGAAGAGAAACUCAAUGUCACCCUAAAGCGAGAUGGUGGUGUCAGUAAUUUUGAUGUUCAGGGAACCUUGUCUCUUCAAAUUCUCAACCAAGAAGAUGGCCUCAUCCAAGUCCAGAUUGAGACGGGGGGUAAUCCAGGCAUCCUCUUCAAGACUCAUCCUAACAUCAACAAAGAGUUGUUCUCUAAUGAAAAUAUCUUAGGCCUCAAAGAUCCUAACAGGCCGUUUCCCAGUGGUCAAGCUGGGGAUGGUGUUGGCCUGUUGAGGUGGAGAAUGCAAAGUGUGGAUGAAUCAGUUGUGCCACUAACGAUCAACUGCUGGCCUUCUGUCUCUGGAAAUGAAACUUACGUCAGUAUUGAGUAUGAAGCUUCGUCAAUGUUUGAUUUGCACAAUGUUGUGAUUUCUGUGCCUCUUCCGGCUCUUAGAGAGGCACCAAAUGUAAAGCAAAUUGAUGGGGAAUGGAGAUACGACUCCAGAAAUUCUAUUUUGGAGUGGUCCAUACUUCUCAUUGACAACUCAAACCGCAGUGGAUCUAUGGAAUUUGUUGUUCCUCCUUCAGACUCAUCAGUCUUUUUCCCAAUUUCAGUGCGUUUUACUGCUGCAAGUACAUUUAGCGACCUAAAGGUCAUCACUAUCUUGCCCCUGAAAGGUGGACCAUCUCCCAAGUUUGCACAGAGGACGAUCCUAUCCACGGAGAACUACCAAGUGGCGUGACUUAUGCCUCAUAUUAUACAUUUUCGCACAUACGUUCUUUACACGUUCUUUACGAAGACAGUUGUUGCCUCGUCUGUUACUCAAAUUUUGAUAUGAAUUGAUACUGGAUUGCUCCUCUAGGAAUUUAUUUCAUUUUUCCUGCCA